UAAUCUGAAGCAAACUAUUGAUUCGUAAAAGUUUGUGGUCACUGCUUGUGUGAUGCUGAAAGGUAGUGUGAUUUUGUUGACCGAAUAUAAAAGUGAACAAAUGACGUAAGAUGUUAUCCAUUUUGCAGUAAUUUUGCUAAAAAUUAUUGCAGUUAUUUGUUUAAAAUUAUCGAUCGAUUUUAUAACAGCGAGACGUAGUUUGGCACCGGACUCAACAGAUGGCAGUGCUCUACCUAACCUAGUUUCCCCUCUGUCUGAUUCUCUCAUUUUCUAUCAAGCUUCUCCGAGGAAAGCACGUGUUCUAUCGAGAGUUACAACCUCUAUUCGUCACAAUCAGCACGUGUUAUUGGUUGAAAACAAUACACGAUGCUGGCCAAGAAUUUAUUAACUUUCUGCAAACGAAAGAAGAAAUACGAACUGAGGUUCGCAGAAUUCACGCCAGCUGAGAAUUUCGAUAAACUCGAGCCAGAGAGAAUUUUGGAAAUACUAUGUGAAUUUUUAAUGCACCCAGAAUGUACGGAAGAUGUAGCAGACUGUUUUCCAGAAUUAUUGCCAGCACUUGUCUCUAUGGCAAUAAGUGGAGAUGACAUAAAAUCAUCAACUUCUUUUUACAGGGAUAUUAAUCAUAGACUAAACGCCGUUAUUCUGGGCAAGCUGAUUGUUAUCAAUCAAGACUUAUUAACAUUUGUUUUACGUUACUUUGACAUUAAUCCCGCACCAUUUGAACCCGUCGACGCGGACACAGUCACUGUUUCACCAGCAAAAAAACGCAAUACGAAGAAACUGUCCUAUUACAUCUCGGAAGUAUCUGAUUACGACGUUGUUAACGCAUGUUACAAUAUUCUACAGUCUGCCGUCGGCCAUUUUAAGCACAACUGGAACUGGUCGAGAUUUUACAAAUACUUGACGAACGCAGAUGACAGAGUAAAAUGGGUCGCCUUGAAAUGCCUAGCGAUCGUCUUAAACAUGCCCGAAUCCGUAAGGCUGUCUUGCGCCCCAACGUUCAUCAUGAAUUGCGAGAGAUUUCUGGCCGAUCACGAAGCCGAGAGAGUUGACGCUCGAAUUGCAUGCGCAAGCUUCGACUCGGUAGGAGACGCGGUCAGGAAUAUUCAGUCCGUCGUAUCCGUCGGCGGCAUAUUGUUGCCUCGUCGGAGCAGGAAUCAACAGACUCACCACGAUCUGGUGCAAGUACCUUCCACGAAGAACAAUCUGCGAGGUCUGGCCAUAGCCGUCGGCUCCAGGAGGUGCAUUUGCUUGCAAGGACCGGUUGGUUGCGGCAAAACCGCCUUGGUGGAGUACCUGGCGAGGAUAACCGGCCACGACGCAUCGAGCUUCGUCAAGGUGCAGCUGGGUGAUCAGACCGACUCGAAGAUGCUGCUGGGUAUGUACAGGUGCACCGAUGUUCCCGGCGAGUUCGUCUGGCGGCCGGGAGUUCUCACGCAAGCCGUCGUCGCCGGCAAGUGGUUGUUGCUGGAAGACAUCGACAGCGCGCCUCUCGACGUGGCCAGCGUCCUUGCCAACCUGAUGGAGACCGGCACACUGUGUGUGCCCGGUUAUCGCGACACUAUCCACGCUCACAGCGACUUCCAGUUGUUCGUCACUCAACGGUCGUCCGCUCAAAGGCACGUCACGGGAGCCUCGAGUCUGCUGCGGAAAUACUGGCUGUGCCUGGACGUGGAGCCGUUGUCCAAGGAGGAAUUGCUGGUCGUGGUUAAAACGUUGUUCCCGGUGUUGAGCACCGCCGCUGGCAAAAUGGUAGACGUGUUCCUGCUGUUCUCCGUGGGGGACCACGAAGGCGGCGACGAAGACGCAUCGCCGCUGAAGACCGGACGGCAAACGUCGACCCGGGAUCUGAUCAAGUGGUGCUCCAGGGCUGUCGUCGAUUUCGAUGUAUCCUCCUCGGACUCGGCCUUGAAGAUACUUCAGGACGCCAUAGACGUGUUCUGCUGCUCGGUGACCGAUCAAGAGCAACGCUUGAACUUGGCGAUCGCGGUGACUCACAAGCUCGGGAUCGUAAGCACGAAGGCGGAAUAUUUCUGCAAAGUACACAAGCCGGCGGUGACUCUGCUGCCCGAGGUCCUGGUGGUCGGCCGAGCGAAACUACCGCGCAAGAAGGCGCGAUACGCGAAAGUGACGAUCGAUAACAGCAACUUCUCGUUCACGCGACCCUCCGCCUGCCUGCUGCAGCGCAUAGCCAGCUGCGUGGCGCAGAAGGAACCGGUGUUGCUGGUCGGCGAGACCGGCACCGGGAAGACCAGCACGGUUCAGUACCUGGCGAGGAGCACCGGGCACGGAUUGACGGUGAUAAACAUGAAUCAGCAGAGCGAGAGCACCGAUCUGCUGGGCGGUUACAAGCCGGUCGACCUGAAGUUCCUGAUCUCGCCGGUCUGGCAGGAGUUCGACAUCCUGUUUCGCUCGUACUUCAACCUCGAACAGAACGAGAGGUUCCUGAAGCAAGUGAGCCUGCUCUACACGCGGCAGAAUUGGAAGACCCUCCUGCAACUGAUGAGACACAGCGCACGCGCCGCCGUGAAGAGACUGCGGGAAGAAUGCGCGUCCGAGGAGGACCGUUCGAAGGAUUUCAACGCAGACGGGAGGAACGGUGAGGAGGAACGCUGGAACAGCCGAUCCAAAGUGGACAUGUGGAGGAGGUGGGAAGGUCUGCUGAAGAAGGUGGAGAAGGUCUACGGCCAGGUGAAGAAUCAGUACGCGUUGGCGUUCUCCUUCGUGGAGAGCAGCCUGGUGAAGGCUCUGCGGGACGGUUCCUGGGUGCUCUUGGACGAGAUCAACCUUGCCAGCGCGGAGACUCUGGAAUGCCUCUCCGGUCUGCUGGAGAGCUCGUCGGAGUCGCUGCCGCUGUUGCUGGAGCGCGACGAGCCUGUGAAACGGCAUCCCGACUUCAUGGUGUUCGCCUGCAUGAAUCCAGCGACGGACGUCGGCAAGAGGGACCUGCCGGUCGGCCUGCGAAACAGAUUCACCGAGUUCUACGUCGACGAGCUGACCGAGCAGAUCGACCUUCAGCUGCUCGUCAACUCGUACCUCAAGCAGAUCCAAAUAGACAAGCACAAGGCGAUCGUGACGUUUUACCUGAAUGUGAGGAGGGAGGCGACGAACACGCUGUACGACGGCACGGCCCACCAACCGCAUUACAGCCUGAGGACUCUGUGCCGCGCGCUGGCCAUCUCCGCAGCGAACCCCUGCGGCAAUAUUCUCAGAUCCUUGUUCGAAGCUUUCUCCCUGAGCUUCCUCACGCAACUGAACCACAAGUCAUAUCCGACUGUGCAGAAGAUGAUCGCCAAGACCAUCCUGGGCAGAGACCAGAACAUCAAAGCGACCCUCGGCGCGGCCAUACCGAAACCGAACUGCGCUCCGAGAGAGGAGUACGUGAACGUCGAGGGCUACUGGGUUCUCCAGGGCGGUCUAACGCCUCAGACGCCGAAUAAUUAUAUACUAACCGAUUCCGUCAGAAGAAACUUGCGGGACUUGGUGAGAGUAGUGUCGAUCGGUAAAUUGCCGAUUUUACUGCAAGGCGACACUUCAGUAGGGAAGACGAGUCUGAUCACGUAUCUGGCGAAAGUCUCGGGCCACGUCUGCGUCAGGAUAAACAAUCACGAGCACACGGAUCUGCAGGAGUACGUUGGAAGUUACGUCGCGGACGAAACGGGGAAGUUGGUGUUCAAGGAAGGUGCCCUGGUCGACGCGAUGCGUAAAGGACACUGGAUCAUCCUGGACGAGUUGAAUUUAGCCCCGAGCGACGUCCUGGAAGCCCUGAAUCGAGUCUUGGACGACAACAGAGAAUUGUUCAUACCCGAGACGCAGCAGGUUGUAAGAGCGCACCAACACUUCAUGUUGUUCGCGACGCAAAACCCUCCUGGGAUUUACGGCGGUCGGAAGGUGCUGUCUCGAGCGUUCAGAAAUCGAUUCGUAGAGCUGCACUUCGACGAGAUACCGGCGAACGAAUUGCAGAUAAUACUCAGUAAGAGAUGCAACAUGCCCGAAUCGUACUGCAAGGAAGUGAUCGGCGUGAUGACGGAUCUUCAGAUAAGGCGCAAGAGUACGGCGGCCUUUGCCGGUAAAAAAGGAUUCAUAACUCUGCGCGACCUGUUCCGCUGGGGCGAGAGGUACAGAUUGGCCGACAUAGAUAGUGCGCUGUACGACUGGAGGCAGCAUCUGGCGGAGGAGGGUUACCUCGUCCUCGCGGCCAAGGUCCGCAAGACGGAGGAAGCGGACGAGAUCAGGCAGGUGUUGAAGAAACACCUGAAGAGGGACGUGGAUCCCGACAGGUUGUUCACGCUGAACGGCGAGACCUCGCUCGUGACGAGGCGCAUACUGGAAGAGAUCCUGAACGACAGCGUCCCCGGCUUCGGUCACAUCGUGUGGACGUACCACAUGCGCAGGAUGGCGGUGCUCGUGAAGAAAUCCUGCCGCUUCAAGGAGCCGGUGUUGCUGGUCGGCGAGACCGGCGGCGGCAAGACGACGGUGUGCCAGCUGAUCGCCGCGUUGAACGGGCAAACGAUGCGCGGCGUCAACUGCCACAUGCACACCGAGUCGUCCGACUUCCUGGGGAAUCUGCGGCCGGUGCGGGAACACGCUGAGAACGAGGACGGGGGGAGGCUGUUCGAAUGGGUGGACGGGCCUCUGAUAAACGCCAUGCGCGACGGCGACCUGUUCCUGGCCGACGAGAUCUCCCUGGCCGACGACAGCGUCCUGGAACGAUUGAAUUCGCUGCUAGAACCGGAGCGCAGCCUUCUGCUGGUCGAGAAAGGAAUCGAGUCCUCGCACGGCGAGGAGAACACCGCGAUCCUGGCGGACGAGAGAUUCGUGUUCGUCGGCACGAUGAAUCCCGGCGGCGAUUACGGCAAGAAGGAACUCUCGCCGGCGUUGCGAAACCGAUUCACCGAGGUGUGGUGCGAAGGAUGCGCCGUCAGGAGCGAUCUGCGCGACAUAAUAGCGCACAAUCUUCGCGCCGAGUCGCGGCCGACGAGAGAAUCCGUCGCCGACGCGAUACUCAGAUUCACCGAGUGGCUGCGAACCACCGAGGUGGGCGAGAAGCUCACCGUGAGCGUGCGAGACGCGCUCACGUGGGUGAAUUUCAUCAACACCUGCACCGUCGCCGGCGCCUCCUCGAUGACGCUUACCAUCGGAGACGCGUAUUUCCACGGAGCCUGCCUCACCUACAUCGACGGUCUCGGGUCCGGCUCGACGGCCGCGGAGAGCGCUGAAAAAUUGAAGAACUUCACGGACGCUGCCGUCCGCUUCAUCAGAUCGGAAGUCGAACGCACGAUAAAAUCAGACUUUAACACGGAGGCCUUCACGGUGAGGGAAGAAGCCGUGCUGAACGAUUCGAGCCGUGUAUUCGGGAUACCACCGUUUUACAUCGAGAAAGGCCCACAGGCCUGUCCCGAUGAUCCGGCGUUCACGUUUUCAACUCCUACCACGAGACUGAAUACGUUGAAGUUGCUGAGAGCGUUGCAGUUGGGUAAACCGAUCCUGCUAGAGGGCAGUCCGGGUGUAGGGAAAACCAGUCUGGUUUCUGCGCUCGCCAAAGCCGCCGGGCAUACUUUGCUCAGAAUCAAUUUGAGCGAUCAAACGGACGUAUCCGACUUGUUCGGCGCCGAUCUCCCGGUGGAGGGUGGCAGAGGUGGCGAAUUUGCCUGGCGGGACGGCCCGUUCUUGCGAGCUCUGCGAGCGGGAUAUUGGAUUUUGCUCGACGAGUUGAACCUGGCCUCUCAAUCGGUCUUGGAGGGCCUCAACGCGUGCUUCGAUCACAGGGGGGAGAUAUACGUUCCCGAGUUGGGGAAGACCUUUUCGGUGAAGCCCGGCACGAGACUGUUCGCCUGCCAAAAUCCCCUGCGUCAGGGUGGAGCCAGGCGGGGCUUGCCGAGGUCCUUUUUAAACAGAUUCACUCAGAUCGCCGUGGACGCGCUAACGAACGAGGACUUGAAGUUCAUACUCAGCGUGCAAUUCCCGCGACUCCCCGCGAGUUUGAUCCACGACAUGGUGCGGUUCAACGGUACGUUAGCGUCGGAGGUUGGCGUCGCCUGGGGACACGCCGGAUCUCCUUGGGAGAUGAAUCUGCGUGACAUCACGCGUUGGUGCGAAGCCACCAUCGAAGCCGCUCGUAACGAGUCACGCGCCGAUGAAGAACGCUUCAACCCGGGCGACGGUGUGGGGCUCAUUUAUGCCGACAGAAUGAGAACCAAAGAGGAUCGGCGGAAGGUCUACGACAUAUAUCAAGGGAUAUUCUCGCCCGAGAAAUAUCCGCUCCCGCCCAAUCAGCCGCCCGUGCACAUCACGGCGGCUAAGCUUUUCGUCGGCGACGUGACGUUAAGCCGGAGAGAUUGUGGCGCCCACGAGGAGGGCGGUUUGUUAUUGCUCAGAGACCAGAAAAUCACGCUGAGAAGUCUCAUGCAGUGCGUCAAGAUGAAUUGGAUGUCUAUACUGGUCGGUGCUUCGGGUUGCGGUAAAAGCAACGUGGUUCGUCUACUCGCCGCUUUAACGGGCCAGCAGCUGAGGUCGGUCGCCGUGAAUUCCGCGAUGGACACAACGGAGAUAUUAGGCGGCUUCGAACAGACGGACUACAAUCGGCAUUUGGAACAGCUGUUCGAGCGGGUGACGGAUCUGCUUAUCAGCAGCCUGCGGACGAAGAUCGCCGUGGACAGAUUGGAGGAAGUGGCCGAGCUUCAUGGACGUCUGGAGCAAGUGCGACGUUUGUUCGACGAAAACGUAGCCGGCAGGACGAUGGCCGCGGAGACCCAGCUGUUCCUGCGCAAAAUCCAGGAACUGUCCGACCUGUCGUCGACGUUGGAGAUUUGGGAGCCCAGCCUCGAGGCUGAACUGCGGGAUAUCCGGUGCGGAUUGAGAAAUCUGGCGGUCCUCGUCAAGCAAGACAAAUGCCUGAACGCCGGUGGCAAGUUCGAGUGGGUGGACAGCGUUCUGGUGAAGUGCUUGCAAGACGGCACUUGGCUGCUGAUCGACCAGGUUAAUCUAUGCAGCCCAGCUGUACUAGACAGACUUAAUGGACUGUUAGAGCCGAACGGUGUUCUCAGUAUCGGCGAGCGAGGCGUCGACAGCGACGGCAAUGUCGUCACCAUCAAGCCUCACGGAAACUUCCGGCUGUUCCUAACUAUGGAUCCCCGAUACGGUGAAAUCUCCAGGGCCAUGCGUAAUCGAGGCGUCGAGAUUUACAUGCUCGGCCAUCGGGAGAAGGUCUACCAGGACGCGAUCGACCUCAGGUCUCUGCUGUUGAACGCGGGUGUCGCGAGGCCGGCGCGUCGGGACGCGUUGCUCGCGAUGUACGACAUGAUGUCGCAGGAAGCGGAGGACCGUCCGAGUGCGGUCGAUCUGUUGCACACCGCGUUCCUGACGCGGCAACGAUCGCUGCGCGGCUUCCCGGCGGAGCGAUCGAUCAGGGACGCGUGCGUCGACGUCUACGUGAAAGCCAGGCCGACGCGCGACCGGCGACACCGGCGGCACCUGAUUUCCCAGAUCGACGAGGUGAUCGGCGAACAGCGGUUGAUCUCGCGCGACGAGGAGACCUCGCCGAUCGACGUGGACGCCGCCACGUGGAGCGUGAGGAAUUUACAGGACAAUUCGGCGCUCACCGUCGUCAGGCAGCAGGGGCUGCUGCUGAACGCGGCCAUCAGGAUGCGUCCGAGAGCGUCCGGUGCAACGGGUGCCGACGGAAACGACGUCACGAGCGAGCCGUUGAGUGUCUUCUGCGAGCUCGACGGGGAGGCGUUGAGUUUCGGCAUCGAGGACGUUUUGCCGGACCUCCUGCUCAACUUUUACGAGCUGUCCUCGCGAGACGACGCGCCGCUGAGGAGGGAUUGGAUCUCGAAGACGCUAAGAGAGAUAGGGACGGUCGACGAGGAGCUCGAGGAGAAGAGCGCGUUAAUGGCGGAGGAGAUCGCGUCUUUUCGCUUCCAGUCCGCGAACCCGAGCGGCUCGUUGCCCUGGGACCGAUGGUGGCUCACGGGAAGGCCCGGCGGGGACGAGAGUAUCGGCUACGACGCGAACAGAUUGGCACUUCUGCUGUACGCGAGCGGUACGAUUCUUCGAGGAAGCGGCGGGACUCGAGCGGACGUAGAGGAGCUGAAGAACGAGGACGUCAUUUCCGUCAGGCAGUACUCCAACAUCGUACGUCGCGGCGAGCUGUUCUCCCAAUUGAAGGACAACCCGCUGAUCACGCACUUCGCGGAGUUCCUUCAGCGUGCGAGCUCGUGCAUCGACGCCAUCCUGCACGACGAUAACGCGAACGUGACCUCGGAGGAGUACGCGGAGCUGAGGAGGCAGCUCGGGUGGUACACGAGAUUCGCGAGACUGGGCGAGACGACGCUGGCGGACAAAUCGAAGAAAUCCAAGGACGUAUACGUCAAUCUGAAGGAGACCUCCGUGCUGCUGAGGGUGCACUACAAGUGGCUGCUGAAAUCCCUGCGGAAGCUGUGCGAAAUAGUCAGCGCGCCGUGCGAGAGCACCGAGAGGGCGAUCGAGUCGCUGAGGAGGAUGACGGACGACCUGAACGAUCAGCUGAAGACGAUUUACGACCCGGUCCGGAAGAUCUCGAAGAGAAUCAAGAGAUACUUGACACUCCCGCUGCCUCACCGCUCGGAGACCAGCAUGAACGUGUACUCGGAGCUCAGCGGGGUGACGAGAGAGCUGGAGGCGCGGGACGAGGCGGCCGGCUCUCUGAAGCGAGAGCUGAAGAUCGCGUCGACGCAGCUGGAGGACGCUCUGGCGAUGAGACGGCGAACGAUCCGCCUGUGGAGCGACCUUCACUCCGGGGAGGCGAUCGACGAGGACACCUUGGAGAGCGUGCUGACGGUGAGACGGUUCUGCGACAGCCACAUCCGUCUGCGAACCCCCGCGGAAAUCGAGGCCCUGCGUGCUCGAGUGAAUUCACUUCCGGCCGGGGAAACGGCUCGGAUGAACGCGAAGACGCAGCUGUGGCCGGUCUACGAGUACGUGUUCCUGUCGCUCGCCUCAUCGCUGCAGAGGAAGGUGUGCCUGGAGGAGACUCUCCCCGUUGGCCACGUUGAAGAGUGUCUCGCGAGAUACGCGGAUGUACCGAGCAUACCGAGCGAUCUGAUGGGUCUGCUGAAUGCGAUCGUUCGGACGGAGGUCGAGCAGAGGCGGAAGACGUUGCUGCUGCCGCAACUGUUCCAUCGACUCGCGCAGUUCGCUCAGCGAUCCUACGCCGUCCGGGAUUCCAGCCUGCUUCUGCAAUGGCGCGGCGUAACGGCGGAGGAGGACGCCGAGGACUCAUUGACCGCUUACGCUGAACCCAAGACUGAAUGCUACUUGGGCGGGCCGGUGCUUUUGAAUCUGACGGUGCGUUUGAUGUUGGAGAAGACCGAUCGCGAGGAAAGGAAGAAAAGGAGGAUCGUCUCGGCGGUGGCGCUCGGGACGUACGUCGCGCAGACGGGGCAGCUGCGGCUGCUGAACGAGAUCCUGUGGCGCAACAGCGUCUCGUUGGCUCGCAGUUCGGCCGACGACGACCUGGCGACGUUGAAGCAUCACUCGCGCCUGUACCUGUCGGCGAUCGACCGGAUGAACGCCGAGCACCGGCUGGUCGACCUGAUCGACCUGGCGAAGCGGGCGGGACGUCGGGACGCUGAGCACGAGCUGCGAGCCGGCUACUUCGAGCCGGUGGAGCAGCUGCGCAAAGCUCACGACGACCUGAGCCACCUGGAGGAGAAGAACGUCUGCGCGUCCGAGGUGACGCUGCGCCGCGGCCGAGCCUGGAUGCUGCUCGGUUACGUGCAGUUCCUGCUCUUCGGCAGCCUCGAGCCGAUCGACCCGGUGCGCAAGCUGAAACUGAAGCUCGACUACUUGAACGAGGACAUCUCCGAUCGCGAGAGGACGAUGUACGCGGCGAGGUUGCAGAGUCGCCUCCUGGCCGUGGACGCUCACCCGCGGCUGGCGGCCGCGAUGAAGACGCGCGGCGAGCUCGCUCCUCCGGAGGCCUACAGACCGACCUCCGUCGACUUCGCCGACCUGAGCGGGCUCUGCGCGGAGUUCAGGGACGGUCUAGCCGGCUACCGCGCGGUGGAGAGGCACAUGAACCGACUGUACACGAUCGGCCAGGAGAUGAGCGAGGAAACGGACACCGCGGCGCGAGCGGAGAGAGCGUGUCAGGAAGCGGGUGUCUGGUGCUCGUCGGUGGGCCAUCUCGCCGAGCGGCUCGAGGCGAAGUACCUGGCCGGCUACCCGGACGUCGUCCUGCCGCUGCUGACCGGCCUGGCGCAGCUGAGGCACGGCGCGUCCACCCUCGUCCACGAGGUGCGCCGGCUGGCGUGUUCGCGCGGCGCGCUCGAUUCCGAGCUGCACGAGCUGCUUCGCUUCCCGACGAUCGGCCCGGGCCAAGAGAGCCUCCUGGAGCUGAGCGGUCGGUGCGCCGGCACGCGGCUCUUGAUCGAGUGGAACUCGGACGACGCGUUCGUCAGGAAGCGGAGGCAGUUCCGGAUGCUGAAGUCGGCGUUGCACGAGCUGCGCAAUCACGCGAUCCUCGCGAGGGGUCUGACCCGGUCGCUGUGGCGGCGGAUGAACGACCUGCUGCUGCGGGUCAUCCUGCUGUGGAAGCAGCAGCAGCGGGAGGAGGAAAGACGGGCCGCGGAGAAGGAGAGUCUCUACAAGAUCGAGAGUGACGAGCGGACGGAGGAGGAAGAGCUCGCCCUGGAGAUCCACCGGCUGUUCCCGACGUCGCGCGACUUCCGCGACAUGGAGGAGGACUCGGAGCUCGAGCGGAGGGCCGAGUCGGCCGAGGGCUCGGCCGGUCUCAUCGACGAAGACGACGUGCGGGAGAUCCAGCGGCUCCACACCGACAUGGUGAGGACCCUCGGCGAGUGGACGCACAAGAUCAACGUCUCGGCGACUCCGGACUACGUCGGGCCGUUGCUCGAGAGGUACGACACGGUGCACGGCAUGCUGGACGACGUGCUGCCGGCCCUGAGCGAAGGGCUCGCGAUCAAGCUGCACAACAGCUUGAACCUGCUGGUCGGCUUGGGCCUGCAGGCUGCCGAGGGAAAGCCGAGCGGCGCGUACGACUUCUACAAGGACUGCAACGUGGAGGAGGCGAAGCGGUGUCUGCCGGUGUGCGAGGGCAUCCUGAGCCGCGUCGGCCAGCUGCUGGAGGAGUGGCCGGCCCACCCGACCCUGACCUCCAUACGAGCCAUCGUCGAGAGGAUCUACGCGUUCCCGGUGACCUCGGCCGUGUCCAGGUUCCUGCAGGGUCUGCAGCUGCUGCUCGUCAAGAUGCACCAGUGGGAGGAGAACGCCCACCGCGGCGUCAGCAUGGCGGAUCACGUGGCGACGUUGACGCAGCAGAUCGUCUCGUGGAGGAAGCUGGAGCUGUCCUGCUGGAGGAGCUGUUUGCAAGCUACGCUCGACGACCUGAGCUCGGCCGCGUCCAAGUGGUGGUCCUUCCUGUACGCGUUGGUGGAGAGCUACGUCGACGGGACGGUCGGCAGGCGGGAGCUGGUGGAGUCGCUGGGGCGCUUCAUGAACGAGUCGUCCCUCGUCGAAUUCCAGCCGCGGCUGGAGCUCCUCUUCACCUUCCACUGCCACGCGCACCACCUCGAGGAGGAGGAGCGCGGCCGCGAGCUCGCGGCCGUCUUGUGGAACCUGUACAAGUACUACGGCCAGUUCGCGGACGAAGUGAGGGCGAGGAUCGUCGAGUCGAGAGUGCCGAUCGAGAAGAAGCUGCGGGACUUCGUGAAGAUCGCACGGUGGAACGACGUCAGCUACUGGGCGGUGAAAGAAGCGGUCGAGAGGACGCACCGCAGCCUGCACAAGUUCGUGAGGGAGUUCCGGAGCGCGCUCGGACAGAGCGUGUCGUCCUGCCUGGCCGUCAAGUCCGUUCCUUACAACGCCGGGGUCGCCGGCGGCGUUUGGCGGCAGCACCGCUCGAUCGGCCCCGCGGACUUCGUGCUGGCGACCCCCCAGUCCGCGGGCAGGCUGCUCCUCAGGGCGGCGAAACUGUGCGAGGAGAUAGUCCGGACGAGUCCGUACCCGUGCGCGCGGGCGGACCUCGAGAGCUUCAUCGAGGACUACCUCGAGCGGAGCGCUCGCCUCCGGAACGCGGAGGUGGGCUCCGGGCCGAAGAGCAGGCAGAAGUCGCGGGCGAAGAGCAUCCUGCAGCAGAAGCGGAUGGCCCUCGCCGACUACUUCAAGGCGUUGACUCGUAUCGGCGUGUCUUACCGCGCCGGCGUGCUGGCGUUGAAGAACCACCCGGACAAGGUGAUGGACCCGACGGUGCCGCCUGUGGAUCUCUCGGUGACCAAGCGGUGCUUCCAGCCGAGGGACGCCGACCGGGACACGAUGACGCAGUGGCGCGGCUGCGACAGGUAUUACUACCAGUCGCUCAUCCGAUUGGACGGCUUGAACGCGAUGACGCUGAGCGCCGGCCGGGCGGACCUGGGGCCGCAGGACGCGGACCGUUGCCGGGGCUACUCUGCCCAGAUGAUGCUGAUGGCGCACAGGCAGAAGGCGACGAUCGCCCGGUCCUUCGACCGCUUCUUCUCGCUGCGCGGCCUGCUCUCGGGUCUGUCCGAGAGCACCGAGGCGGAUCUGAGCGCGAGGAAGCAGCGCGUCGGCCGAGAGGAGACGGCGAUCCUGAGGACGGUGCUGGUCACGUUGGAGGCUGGAUUCGAGCAGCUGCUGCUGUUCCUGCGGUGCUGCUGCCCGGCCGAGGAAGCGGCCGCGGAGCUCACGAUGAGCGCGAACGCGCUCCCCGGGGUCGCCGCUUCUAAAGGCGACGAGGUCUGGAGCAGCGCCGUCGCGCUGCUCAACGGCUGCCUGAACGGGGUGAGAACCGCUGCGAACCGGUCCCGCGACUUCCUCGAGCCGUUGGAGGCAUCCGGGAGCGACUCCGUCGCGUUCCUCAGCUCCGAAUUCUUGGAAUUCCUCGAGCAAAGUCGAGAAAUAAUGGAGGAUCUGAAGAGGCGAUGCGGCCAACUCAGAGGACUGUUCGAGAACGCGGACCUCGCGCAUCCCAUCCUGGAGAACGUGGUCUUCCUGGAGGAGCUGGUGGGGCGCUUCGGGGCGAUCGAAUUUAAGGGGUUCGAGGGAGAAGAGCGAGCGGAAGAGGAGGUGCGACGGUACGAGCGCAAGUUGGAGCGGCUGGUGAACGCGAUAUUGCUCGUCCUGCAGAAGAGGUACAAAGACCGCGUCGGGUCGGAGGCGAACGAGAGCAAGAGAGAGCCGAGCGGGGAGAAUACGGAGGACGACGAGGCCGAGAGAGAUGUGGAGAAAGGCGGGCUGAAGGAAGCCCUCGUCGAAGCGCUCGAGAAGGACAUAGCCGAGCUGAAGCUGCCCGAAAUAUCCCAACAGUUCACCGGCCUUCUGUCGUUGAUUCAAGAGCUCGAUUCACAAUCGGCGGAUCAUUGCACCAGGCUGCUGAUGAAGCAUUUGCCGCUGCUGGAGCAGUAUAUCCUGCUCGUCCAGUUUUACCUGAACGAGCAGGUGGCGUCGUUCCGGGUCACGUGCAAAAUACUGUACCUGCAGCUGAACGUCUUCUUGGACCUGGCGGCGAACGGAUUCUGCAUGCCGAAGGAUUUAGACCUCGAGGAGGGCGAGACGGGCGAGUCGGGUCAGAGGACGGAGAAAGGCGGGAUGGGUUUGGCGGACGGCGAGGGGACGAAAGACGUCUCCGACAGGAUCGAGUCCGAGGAUCAGCUGGAGGAUGCGAGGCCGGUGGAGGAGGAGCGGGAGAAGAAGGAAGACGAAGGCUGCGAGGAGGAGGAGAAGGGAAUCGACAUGUCCGAGGACUUCGACAGCAAGCUUCAAGAUCUGGAGAAAGGCGAGGACGACGAGGAACGGAGCGACGACGACGAAGGUGACGACUUGGACAAGGAGAUGGGGGAAACGGGAGAAGGUGCCGAAGAGCUCGACAAGGAGAUCUGGGGUGACGACGACGAGGAGGGCGACGACCAGCCGAAGGACGAGGGCGAGGAAGGGACGGGCGAACAAGUCGGCGAGAAGGAAAUGAGCGCGAAGGACAAGUCGCGGGAAAGCAACGAGCAGGACAGCGACGCGGAUCGCGAGGACGAGGGCCGCCGGGAGGAAGAAAGGAAGGAGAUAAACGAGCUGGACGAGCCGGAAAUAGGCGAGGAUCAGAUCGACCCGUAUCACGGUAAGCACCAGCCCGAGCCGGAGCCGGAGCCCUUCGAGUUACCGGACGACCUGAACGUGGACGAGGACGGCAAAGAGGAUCACGGUGAGGAGGGGGAAAACCCGUUCGACAUCGACGCGAUGAAGGAUUCCAAGCCGCCGCCGCCGGAGAAGAUGGACGUGGACCUCGAGGGGGAGCCCGACGACAGGAACGAUCCGGACGAGAAUAUCAGCGAGGACGAGGACGGCGAGAACAAGGAGAAUCAUCAGCAAGAAGAAGAGGCGGAGGAAGCGAACGAAGAGGAGGAGACCGGACGGGACCGGAAAGAAGGCGCUGAAGCCGCGAGGAAAGAAGACGAGGCGGAAGGGAGUCGGGAGGACGAGACGAGAGAGGAGGAUCCGCGGGAAAAAGCGGCGCCGAGCGCGGACGACGCGAGCGCGCAGGCGGACGCUGCCGAGCAGGUCGAGGAGACGAAGGAAGGCUCGCGGGACGCGGUGGCGUCGAGCAACGAGGACGACCGGCAAGAGGCGUCCGUGGAGAAGAGUCAAGAGGAGGAGGAGGACGACAAAGGCACCGGGCAGGCGCAGUCGGCGCGGCAGGAGAGCGGACACUCGGGCUCCUCCGAAGAGCGGAAGGCGGCUCCGCUGUCGCAGAAGGACGAAGCCGCGACGAAACCUGCCGAGAAGAGGAAGAGCCCGGGCGAGAGCAACGAGGAGCGCAGUCUGGUGGACAGGCUCGAGUCGGCGCCGAAGAAGUUGAAGACCGUCUACACGGUGGACGAGGUGGUGCCGGGCGACGAGGGGGAGGAGGACGAGAAGCAGACCGACAAGGCCGAGAUGUGCCGGCACGUGAAGGAUCCCGAGGGUCCUUUCGACGACUACACGCUCGACGCCGCGACGGAGGAGCAGGUGAAGCAACAGGCUUCCACCGAAGCGAAGGAAGAGGAGGAAGAGGAGGAGGAGGUUACGAACGUGGAGAUGCACGAGGACGAAGAGAAGAACGAGGACGAAGUGAUCGAGCAGAGGCCUGAGAAGGUGUCCGAAGCCUCGGAGGACAGACGCAAGAAGGAUCCGAGGCGUGGCGCGAACGACGCGGAGGACAAUCCGACGUCGGUUGUCGAGCUGGAGGGGGAGACGGUGAAGACGAUGAACGUGCAGAGAGGCAACGAGACGACGUUCCACACGGCGAGCCGGGAGGACGACGAGCUCGGUCACGCGGACAGGGCGCGGUUCGAGGUGGAAAGGAUGCUGGGCGAGUGGACGCGGAAGCCGACGACGGAGGAAGCCGCGGCCGCGUGGAACCGGCUGUCUUCGGUGACGGACACGGCCGCCCGGGAGCUGUCGGAGAAGCUGAGGCUGGUGCUGGAGCCGACCCAGGCGUCGAGGUUGAAGGGAGACUACAAGACGGGCAAGCGCAUCAACAUGAGGAAGAUCAUCCCCUACAUAGCCAGCCAGUUCCGCAAGGACAAGAUCUGGCUGAGGCGGACGAAGCCGUCGAAACGCGAGUACCGCAUCGUCCUGGCGCUCGACGACUCCAAGAGCAUGACGGACAACCACGCGCAGGAGAUGGCCUUCGAGUCCCUGUCGCUGAUCUGCCGGGCCAUGACGUAUCUGGAGGUCGGCCAGCUCGGCGUCGUGAGCUUCGGGGAGCAGGUGCAGGUGCUGCACCCCUUGGAAGAGAUCUUCACCGAGCAGAGCGGAUCCAGGCUGAUGCAGGAGAUGAGAUUCGAUCAGAAGACGACCGAGUUCGCGGAAGUAGUGGACUUCACAGUGGAUAUGUUCGAGAGUCGGCACACCUCGUCAGACAAUGCCAAGCUGCUGAUUAUACUGUCGGACGGCAGGGGGAUAUUCAGACGGAAGGAGAGAGUAACUCGCGCCGUGAGGAGAGCCAGGCUGGCGAACAUCUUCACGGUAUUCAUAAUACUGAGUAAUCCGGCAAAUAAGUACUCUAUACUAGACGACCGUGAGGCUGUCUUCGAAAGGAACAAACCGGUGGAGUUUCGAUCGUGCAUGGACGAUUUCCCAUUUCCGUUUUACAUGAUCGUUAGAGACAUCAACACUCUGCCGGGUGUCCUGAGUGACGCUUUGCGGCAAUGGUUCGAAGUUGUCGGAAAGAUUGAUACUUAAUAAAUAGUGAAUUUAGGACAUACGUAAAAGAAAUAAAGUAAUUGAAAAUAAUGAAGAUUGAGAAAUGAUGCAAAUAUAAAUUUAAAAAAAAAAAUGAAAGACAGAUGCUGCUAAGCGUUGAUCGUUUAGCAUCAUUAAUUAUUACGUUAAUCUUCAUCUUUACAACCAAAACUAAGCCUUUCUUAUCUUGUUUAAUAGCAGACUAUAUUCUUCCUUUCAAAGUAUAAUAUAUAUUAAAAUUUAUAUAUAUAUAUAAUAUAUAUAUAUAUGUGUGUGUGUGUGUGUGUGUGUGU